AUGAUUCGCAGCUGUCUUCACGUCUUUGGGGUUUGCAUAGUGGCCUUCUGCCUGGUGACGGAAGGUGGGAGCGUUUCUGCCAGUUGCAAGACAAUUGGCUGCGGUGGGCAUGACCCCAAAUCAACUUGCUUUUGCGCACCGUCUUGCUUCAGCUUCGAUGACUGCUGUGACGACUACGCCGAAGUUUGUCCAGAGCAGACGCCAACCGUAAAGUUAGGAGAUGUGAACAUGCUCAUUACGACAGACCUCCACUCCUGGAUUGAAGGGCGCCCUCACGACGCACACUUGAAUGCAUCCUUGGCUCAUGUAGUUUCUGUUCUGGAUCACUUGCGCAGUAUUGCCUAUGCUCAGAGUCGGGAUGUGUUCUUUUUCGACAAUGGUGACAUCAAUGAUGGCACCGGGCUUUCAGCAACUGCCCCAGAUCACGUUGCUUUCCUAUCUCCGGUUUUGCAGACUGUGCGGUAUGAUGCGCUGAACAUCGGCAACCAUGAGUUGUAUCAGCGAAACGGGCAUGGGAUCGUGGAGGGGCCUGCGUGUCCGGUUGUGGGCUUGAAGGAAUCUGGCUACAUCGCCUCCUGGGAGGGUCGCUACCUGACCUCGAAUGUGGUGUGGUCUUCAUCCCAUGAGCCAGUGGGCAACCGGUAUACCAUGAUAGAGGGCAAGUUUGGGACAAAACUGCUGGUCUUCGGCUUCCUCUACAACAUGCACGAUCACUGCGAUGCCGUCGAAGUGUUGGAUGUGGAGGAUGUGCUGGCCUCCCAGUGGUUCAAAGAAGCCGUACAGGCGCAUGCGCAAGUUUGUGAUGGUGUUGUCGUUCUCGCUCACAUGGACUACCGCGAUGAACUGGUUGACAAGAUAUGGACAGCCCUUCGCACCGGCAUGGGAUCCAGCAAGCCAAUCCAGGUGGUUGCCGGCCACUCCCACAGACGAGGCUUCAGGCAUAUUAAAGCAAUUCGCUUCUACAACGUGUGGCCAGAAGUCUACGAGGCUGGAUGCAAGUUGGAUACGGUGGGCUUCCUUUCUUACUCCCGGGAAGGGAAUCGGCUACGCUUUGAGCUUGCAAACAUCUCUGGCAACAUCAACCAGCUGGCAGGCGCAGUGAAUCGCAGCGUGUCCAAUUUUUCCACAGCUGCGGGCGCAAGGACUGCUCAGGCGAUUCAGACGGCGCGUGACAAAGCCGGUAGCGAUCGAGUUCUUGGAUGUGCAGCACAGAGAUAUCGAUUGAUGACUCCUCCUGGAAAGAACUCCCUGUGGUCCUUCUACAUGCAAGAGGUGCUCCCCGAAACGCUUCUGGACUCCGCAAAGUCGCAGAUCGCCAUUGUUGGGACAGGGGCCAUGACCUAUGAUAUCUUCCCGGGGCCUGUCACAAUCGACGAUGCCUACACGGCCUCUCCAUACGGCAAUUUCUGGUUGAAGUUGGAGGGCAUCAAAGGCGAGAGCCUGAUCAAACUCAUGAUGGAGUUGAAUCAUCCAACGCCUUGGACACAAGUGGUGCCCUCAUACGUGAACUCUAGCGCUCCCAUUGCAUCCUCCACCUAUGACCUUGUCUUCUGCGAUUUUGACUUGGAUCCCAUUGUGGAGAGACUCCAAGGGAUGCUGGGCAAACACCUGGAGCCUAAGCUGUACAAGCCGCUUCUAAACACCUCCAGCGUGUUGAGCGCAUGGUUCCAGCAGCGGCCAUGCUCGGAUGAGUCAAUCCUUCUCUAG